AUGGAGUCGACACGCGGCCCGCCUCGGGUCAAGAACAAGGCCGCGGCGCCGGUCCAAAUCUCGGCCGAGCAGCUGUUGCGCGAGGCUGUCGACCGGCAAGAGGGCGGGAUCCAGGCGCCGCAGCAGCGCUUCUCGGACCUCGAGGAGCUGCACGAAUACCAGGGCCGCAAGCGCAAAGAGUUUGAGGACUAUGUGCGGCGCAACCGCAUCAGCCUGCGCAACUGGACGCAGUACGCGGCGUGGGAGCUGGAGCAAAAGGAGUUUGCGCGAGCGCGGUCCGUCUUUGAGCGCGCGCUCGACGUGCACCCCAACUCGGUGCAGCUAUGGGUGCGGUAUAUCGAGGCCGAGAUGAAGACGCGCAACAUCAAUCACGCCAGGAACCUGCUCGACCGUGCCGUUACCCGCUUGCCGCGCGUCGACAAGCUAUGGUACAAGUACGCCUACAUGGAGGAGAUGCUCGGCAACAUCCCCGGCACGCGCCAGAUUUUUGACCGCUGGAUGCAGUGGCAGCCCGACGAGGCGGCAUGGAGCUCGUAUAUCAAGCUUGAGAAGCGCUACGGCGAGUUUGAGCGCGCGCGCGAAAUCUUUGCCAUGUUUACGCAGAUUCACCCAGAGCCGCGUAACUGGAUCAAGUGGGCCAAGUUUGAGGAGGAGUUUGGCACGAGCGACCUGGUGCGCGACGUCUUUGGGAACGCGGUCGAGGCGCUGGGCGACGAGCUUGCCGACGAGAAGCUGUUCAUCGCCUAUGCCCGCUUCGAGUCCAAGCUCAAGGAAUACGAGCGCGCCCGCGCCAUCUACAAGUACGCCCUCGACAGGCUGCCGCGCUCCAAGUCGGCGACGCUACACAAGAGCUACACGACAUUCGAGAAGCAGUUUGGCGACCAGGACGGCGUCGAAGACGUGGUGCUGAGCAAGCGCCGCGUGUACUACGAGGGUCUCGUCCGGGAGAACCCCAAAAACUACGACGCCUGGUUCGACUUUGCCGCGCUGGAGGAGGCGUCUCGCGACGCUGACCGCGUGCGCGACGUGUAUGAGCGUGCGGUUGCCCAGGUGCCGCCCACGCAAGAGAAGCGGCAUUGGCGGCGGUACAUUUACCUCUGGAUCUUCUACGCCAUCUGGGAGGAGAUGGAGGGCCAGGACGCGGAGCGCGCGCGCCAAAUCUACACAACCUGUCUCGGCUUGCUGCCGCACAAGAAGUUCACCUUUGCCAAGAUGUGGCUGCUGGCGGCCCAAUUCGAGAUUCGGCAGGGCCAGCUGACGGCCGCGCGGAAGCUGCUGGGCCGCGCCCUGGGCACGUGUCCCAAAGACCGGCUGUUUGUCGGCUACGUGGACCUGGAGCGGCGGCUGUACGAGUUUGCGCGCUGCCGCACGCUCUACGAGAAGCACGUCGAGUACAACCCGGCCAACUGCACGACGUGGAUCCGCUUCGCUGAGCUCGAGUGCGCGCUCGAGGACAUUGACCGCGCGCGCGCCAUCUUUGAACUCGCCGUCGGCCAGGACCAGCUCGACAUGCCGGAGCUCCUUUGGAAGGCGUACAUUGACUUUGAGGAGGGCGAGGGCGAGUACGACCGCGCGCGCACGCUGUACGAGCGCCUCCUCGAGAAGACGGACCACGUCAAGGUCUGGAUCAGCUACGCGCAUUUCGAGGUCAACAUCCCCGAAGGUGGCGACGAGGAGGAGAACGAAGAGGAGGAACAGGAGCAGCCGGUCAGCGAGGAAGCCAAGGAGAGGACGAGAAGGGUGUUUGAGCGCGCACACAAGAGCAUGCGCGACAAGGACCUCAAGGAGGAGCGCGUGGCGCUGCUCAACGCCUGGCUGUCGUUUGAGCGCACGCACGGCGCCGAGGCCGACGUCGACAAGGUCCAGGCGCAGAUGCCCCGCCGCGUCAAGAAGAAGCGCCGCGUCGAGGGCGAGGACACGUACGAGGAGUACGUCGACUACGUCUUCCCCGCCGACGACAAGCAGGCCGGCAACCUGUCCAACAUGCUGGCCAUGGCGCAGAGCUGGAAGCAGACGGGCGGCAGCCUGUCGUGA